GUACGCACGACCGUAUAAUUAUAUAUUUGUCCGGAAAAUCGAAAAAACGAUUAUAUUGUUGUUGUUAUUAUAUAACCGUGUGUGUGGUAUACUUUUCGCACCCGAUAUCUGUCCGGCGCCUAUAUAUAGGACUUGGGGCCCGACUUCUAUGGCGCUUGUCGACCAGCACUCGCACGCGUAACUCUCGCAGUGGUAUCGUACUAUAUCCUAUAUUAUUAUUAUUAUUAUUAUUAUUAUUAUUACUAUUACUAUUUACCACGAGUGAGUAUACACAUUGAAGCCCGCCGAAUCCUGAGCCCUGCACGUCAGACAUAAUAAUAUACGCGCGUGACGAUAAUAAUCCCGAAACGCGUACGGAUCAUAUCGGUAAUAAUAAUAAUAAUAAUAAUAAUAAUAAUAAUAAUAAUAAUAAUAAUAACAAUAACAAUAAAUACGAUUCGAUCGAUAUCAGGUUGACGGAAUAUUUUUGCUAUUAAAAAAUCCGUCGCGGUGAUGACGGGCGGCGCGUUUUAUUAUUACAUGUACGUGUGCGCGGUCGCGAGGAUUUUGUCGUGUUCCCCGGCCGGUCUGCAGGACGGACAGCAUUUCAUCAGCUCGCUCUUGGAGAGGUUCAAAGAGGGUUCGAAGCCGCCUUCUCAUUACACUCCGGAUAUGUAUCCAGAAUUGAGAUCGCGGUUGUACCAAGGAGACAUAGUACUGCCAGUUUCGAGGAAUGCCAUAAUGUCAGAUUACUAUAAAUGGCCCAAGGCAAUAAUUCCUUAUACAAUCCAUUAUAAUUUUACACAAGACGAACGGUCCAAGAUCCGGACGGCCAUGGACUCGAUCGAGUCGAAGACGUGCCUGAAGUACGUCGACAUGAACGUCGUGAACGCGACACAGCUGCUGAAGGAAGUCGGACACUCGGAGUACGUGUACAUCGGCCGCGAGCGGAACAGGGGCUGCAACGCCAUGAUUGGCUAUCACCGGGAGAUGGGCCGGCCACACAACAUGAACUUAGAGUCACCGUCGUGCAUCUCCCACCAGGGCACGGUGCAGCACGAACUCCUGCACGUGGCGGGGCUGCUCCACGAACAGGCCCGCGCCGACCGCGACAACGCGGUGAUCAUCUACUGGGAAAACAUCGACAAGACAUAUUGGCCAGACUUUAGCAAAGUGCCCGAUAAUGUAACAUCUACUUUCGGACUACCUUAUGAUUAUACUAGCGUAAUGCAUUACCCACGUUAUGCUUUUUCAAAAAACGGUAAAGAAACCAUUGUUGCUAAGCACGAACCAAGUAUGAGUUUGGGACAGAGAGCCGGAGCCACGGUCAAUGACUUGCGAAAAGUCAACGCAAUGUACAAUUGUAAUGGAGCCGCUGCAACACCCAAUACUAAUUCAGGCGACUACCGAGGCGACGAAUAUCAUAUUUUUUAGUUCGAAAAUAUAUUAUUAUUAUAAUUGACAUGAAUGUAUUAUGAGCUAUUAUUUUCUUGCACAAUGUCAAAUUUAAUAAAAUAUAGGCACCUUAUUAUAAUUGUUUAAAAUAGUAUGUUUUAUUAUUAUUGUGUCGAUGAUUAUUAAAAUAAAGUAGGUAUACACUGUAGUCAAAUUAUAAUACAACAAUAAUUUAAAUAUACAGUAUCUACCCAUAUAGUUUUAUGUAGGUAGACGGUAGAAUAUAUAUUUAUCAUGUAAUUUCUAAGUUAUAAUAAUACUGUUACUUAACUAUAAUCACUAUAGGUAUCUAAUUUUCAAGUUUCAUUAUUAGAAUAUUAUAAUACUAUACGUAUGAAACGAUUUAGCCAUAGAAAUUAA